AUGGCAAGAAUGACUCGUGCCAAUCUGAGUUCCACACGGGGUCUUCCUUUGUGCGCCCCAGGUAGCCCAUUAUCCUGCGGGACCUUCUCCCUGGGGAUACUGGUCAUUAAAGCUCCAAUCCUGGACUCUGAAAAGAGGCUGAAGUUUAUAGACAAUCGACGGCGGAUAUCAUGUCAGAGGGCACUGCAUAUGAAGGAGCAUCCAGACUACAAGUACAGGCCUCGGAGGAAGCCCAAGUCCUUGGUGCAGAAGAAGGAAGUAGUAAAAUACAACGGAUUCUCGCUAGACCCGGCCCAGCUGCCUCGGUCUCUACUGCCGCCACCGCCUCCUUUGCUGCCGCAGGAGGACCUGAAAUUCCCGCGGAGCUUGUUUCCGCCGUUCCCGUACCAUCUGUACCACGCGGCCAAGAUGCACGUCGAGGAGCUCGGAGGCGGGAAAACCGCGGCGGACCUUGCCCUGCAAGCUCUGUACGGAAGUUCUCUCUAUUCUCAUGCCGCGGCAGCAGCAGCUUCCGCAGCGUGGCCUGCUGGUCUAUCAGCGACCCCUCCUGGAGUCAUAUCUUGCGGCUGCCCUCCAGAGCAACCCCCCAGCCCCCCCAGUGACUCCGUCAAGCGACCCGUAGCCUACUUCCUGAUGAAGCCCGAGGACAAGUUCUCCUCGCAGCACGUCAUCUGAAGACCGCUCCCAGUCCUCCCCGAGAUGCCUCGGGGGGGACUGGGCUCGGGAUUGUGGCCCGCUGGCCCCUGGUGGGCCCCCAGCACCGCCACAUCGGCCGCCUCCUCGCCCCCGGAGCGGCCUUCCUCCAGACACAGUGCUCAUGCGGACUGAGUGCAGACGUUGUGAAUAGACAGUGAGGCCCAACAUGACAAGUGACAGUGCCAGUGUGUGGCUUACGGGUUGAGUUUCCAGGCGUUCCAGAAUAUCACUUAAGUGCAAUACAGUUGUCUUUUAGUUUAUCGAGAUGUGCAUCAUUCUAAGUAGGUUUUGAAAACCAACAUUGUUCGUUUAGAUAGUUAAGGGGAAGAAUCAAACUGUUGGAAAGUAAUGCUUUCAUUCGACCAAUUUUAUAUUUAAUUUGCUUUAAAAUUUAUUAUUAUUUUUUUAUUAUUUGUUUUUAAUUUGAAAUUUUAAUAUUUUUAAAGCAUUAAUCCCCACGUUCACAAAAAUUAAUUUAUUCUGCUAUGCUGGCUAACAUUAAGAGUCGUAAAGUAAACUAUGAGAGGUAUAUAAUUUUCUUCAUUAAAUUUUUGUUUUGCUGAAGUUAGCCUUUCGAGUAGGGCUUCCUUUCACACAAAAUGUUUUCGCUCGGUACUCAUAUUGCUCAGUAUUGCUGAACUCAUAUUCCUUCAAAAGAGUAUUCGUUAAAUUCUGGGUUUGGAAUUUGGACAUUUAAAUUGGAUUUACAAGGAAUGUGAAAGCAUUAAUGAUUGGUCAUGACAGCACGAAAUCCAUA